CUCCCCGCGCUGCUGGGCGAGCUGCUGCCGCCGCUAGCCUCAGGGCUCCGGAGCACACGGACCAGGCUGCAGUGCAGGGAGGGGAGCUGCUGCCAGUUUACUGACAUACAUUUUAAAGGGGAAAAAUCCAAGAAGCCUCUUUUUGCAGGAAGACAAGAAGAUGCAUUAGAGGAGACACAGCCCGGACUCUUCUGUAGGUGGUGGUGACACACAGAAGUUACUUUGCCUUUGGAUAGAAAAGACCUGUGUGUAAUUAAUGCGUUACCCCUCUGCCUCCCCCAGAAGUUGUCUGGAUUGCAAAGCAGCGGGGCGUCAGCAGCUGCUCAUCUCGGGCAACAGAAGAUUAUGGUGGCAGCACUACAGUAGCAGCCGCGGCAACAACGGCAAACAGCAGCAGAGAUAGUCCGUCCGUGAAUGUGUUUUCUGAAUAAAACCAGCUUGGCAAAGUGCAACCUGAAGAUUCAGCAGCUAGGCAGGAAUUGAUAACGUUUAAAAGAGGGACACAUUUUAAGGGGGAUCGAGGGAGGCGACACUAGGUUUUGUCUGUGUGCUUGUGGGAGUGGGGGUUGGUUAUCAUGGCGGAUCGGACAGCUCCUAGAUGCCAGCUCCGUCUGGAAUGGGUUUACGGGUACAGGGGUCACCAGUGCCGCAACAACCUGUACUACACGGCAGGCAAGGAGGUGGUUUACUUCGUGGCUGGAGUCGGGGUGAUUUAUAACACCAGAGAACACACCCAGAAAUUCUUCUUAGGACACAACGAUGAUAUUAUCAGCCUGGCUGUACACCCGGAUAAAACCUUAGUUGCUACAGGACAGGUUGGGAAGGACCCUUACGUUUGCAUCUGGGAUUCCUACAGUGUACUGACUGUUUCUGUUCUUAAGGAUGCACACACACAUGGAGUUGCCUGCUUGGCUUUUGAUUCAGAUGGCCAGCGUUUAGCCUCAGUAGGACUGGAUGCCAAAAAUACAGUAUGUGUUUGGGAUUGGAAGAAAGGAAAACUACUAGCAACAGCUACUGGCCAUUCAGAUAGGAUUUUUGAUAUUUCCUGGGAUCCAUAUCAACCAAACAGAAUGGUUAGCUGUGGAGUAAAACAUAUAAAGUUUUGGACGUUGUGUGGCAAUGCGCUGACAGCAAAAAGAGGAAUAUUUGGGAAAACAGGAGAUCUCCAAACUAUCCUUUGCUUAGCAUGUGCAAAAGAAGAUGUCACGUACUCUGGUGCUUUAAAUGGAGACAUCUAUGUUUGGAAAGGGCUAAACUUAGUCCGCACAAUACAAGGAGCUCAUAGUGCUGGAAUUUUUAGUAUGUAUGCUUGUGAGGAAGGUUUUGCUACUGGUGGGAGAGAUGGUUGUAUUCGGUUAUGGGACACCGAUUUCAAGCCAAUAACUAAAAUUGAUCUCAGGGAGACUGAACAAGGAUACAAAGGUUUGUCCAUCCGAAGUGUUUGUUGGAAAGGAGACAGACUUUUAGCAGGGACACAGGACAGUGAAAUAUUUGAGGUGAUAGUAAGAGAAAGAGAUAAACCAAUGCUGAUAAUGCAGGGUCAUUGUGAAGGGGAGCUCUGGGCCCUGGCAGUUCAUCCAAAGAAGCCUUUAGCUGUCACAGGCAGUGAUGAUCGAUCUGUACGAUUAUGGAGCCUUGCUGAUCAUGCCUUGAUUGCUCGCUGUAAUAUGGAAGAAGCUGUACGCAGUGUAUCUUUCAGUCCUGAUGGAUCUCAGCUAGCUCUUGGAAUGAAAGAUGGUUCCUUCAUUGUUCUUCGAGUAAGAGAUAUGACAGAGGUAGUUCAUAUUAAAGAUCGAAAGGAAGUAAUCCAUGAAAUGAAAUUUUCACCAGAUGGCUCCUAUCUUGCUGUGGGUUCUAAUGAUGGCCCUGUCGAUAUCUAUGCCAUUGCUCAACGAUACAAAAAAAUAGGAGAGUGCAACAAAUCUUCAAGUUUUAUUACCCAUAUUGACUGGUCUGUGGAUAGUAAAUUCUUGCAAACCAAUGAUGGUGCAGGAGAGCGACUGUUCUACAAGAUGCCAUCUGGGAAGCAUUUAACAAGCAAAGAUGAAAUCAAAGGAAUUCACUGGGCCUCAUGGACCUGUGUGAUAGGGCCUGAAGUGAAUGGAAUUUGGCCAAAAUAUACCAACAUUACAGAUGUCAACUCCGUGGAUGGAAAUUACAGUAGCUCAGUACUAGUGACUGGAGAUGAUUUUGGAUUUGUUAAAUUAUUCAAAUUUCCUUGCCUAAAAAAAGGAGCUAAGUUUAGAAAAUAUGCUGGCCACUCAGCACAUGUAACUAAUGUCCGUUGGUCACAUGAUUUUCAGUGGGUGUUAAGUACAGGAGGUGCUGAUCACUCUGUUUUUCAGUGGAGAUUUGUUCCAGAAAGUGUAACAAAUGGAAUCCUUGAAACAGCAUCACAAGAGGGUUGUAUUGAUUCAUACAGUGAAGAAUCAGAUUCUGACUUAUCUGAUGUGCCAGAGCUAGAUUCAGAUAUUGAGCAGGAAGCUCAAAUCAACUAUCAUCGCCAAGUUUACAAAGAAGAUCUACCUCAGCUGAAACAACAAAGUAAAGAGAAAAACCAUUCAGUGCCCUUCCUUAAAAGAGAGAGAGCUCCUGAGGACAGCUUAAAACUGCAGUUUGUACAUGGUUACAGAGGCUAUGACUGUCGAAAUAAUUUGUUCUACACACAAACUGGAGAGGUAGUUUAUCAUAUUGCUGCUGUUGCCAUUGUGUACAGUAGGCAACAACACACCCAAAGACUAUAUCUUGGUCAUGAUGAUGACAUCCUCAGCCUAACCAUCCAUCCAAUGAAAGAUUAUGUCGCUACUGGACAGAUUGGAAGAGAUGCUGCUAUUCAUGUGUGGGACACACAGACACUAAAAUGUUUAUCGUUGCUGAAAGGCCAACACCAAAGAGGAGUAUGUGCACUGGAUUUUUCAGCUGAUGGGAAGUUUUUGGCAUCUGUUGGCCUAGAUGAUAAUCACACCAUUGUAUUUUGGGAUUGGAAAAAAGGAGAAAAGAUAGCCACAACAAGGGGCCAUAAAGAUAAAAUAUUUGUAGUGAAGUGUAACCCACAUCAUGUAGACAAAUUAGUUACAGUUGGGAUGAAACAUAUCAAAUUUUGGCAACAAGCAGGAGGAGGGUUUACAUCCAAACGAGGGACCUUUGGAAAUAUUGGGAAACUGGAAACCAUGAUGAGUGUUUCUUAUGGGCGAAUAGAAGAUCUGGUUUUCUCAGGAGCUGCCACUGGAGAUAUUUACAUCUGGAAAGAUAUUCUCUUGCUUAAGACAGUGAAAGCCCAUGAUGGACCGGUAUUUGCUAUGCAUUCAUUGGAUAAGGGUUUUGUAACAGGUGGAAAAGAUGGAGUUGUGGCACUCUGGGAUGAUAUGUUUGAGAGGUGCCUGAAGACUUAUGCUAUCAAAAGAGCAGCAUUAUCCACUAGCUCUAAAGGUUUACUUUUAGAAGACAAUCCAUCCAUUCGUGCCAUCACCUUAGGGCAUGGGCAUAUACUAGUGGGGACUAGAAAUGGAGAGAUACUUGAAAUUGAUAAAAGUGGCCCCAUGACUCUUCUUGUUCAGGGGCAUAUGGAAGGGGAAGUGUGGGGCUUGGCAGCUCACCCUCUCUUGCCUAUCUGUGCAACCGUGAGUGAUGAUAAAACACUGAGAAUCUGGGAACUUUCCUCACAACACCGCAUGCUAGCAGUGAGGAAACUCAAAAAAGGUGGAAGAUGCUGUGCCUUUUCUCCUGAUGGGAAAGCCUUGGCUGUAGGAUUGAAUGAUGGGAGUUUUCUGGUAGUCAACGCUGACACUGUGGAGGAUAUGGUCUCUUUCCACCACAGAAAGGAAAUGAUCUCUGAUAUCAAAUUUUCACGAGAUGCAGGAAAAUAUUUGGCAGUGGCUUCCCAUGAUAAUUUUGUAGAUAUUUACAAUGUGCUUACCAGCAAAAGAGUUGGCAUCUGCAAAGGUGCAUCUAGCUAUAUCACACACAUUGACUGGGACUCAAGAGGAAAGCUAUUGCAAGUCAAUUCUGGUGCCAAAGAACAGCUGUUUUUUGAAGCACCAAGAGGAAAAAGACAUAUUAUACGAGCUACUGAGAUAGAGAAGAUUGAGUGGGAUACCUGGACAUGUGUUCUUGGUCCUACUUGUGAAGGAAUCUGGCCCAUGCAUAGCGAUGUCACUGUUGUAAAUGCAGCUACUCUUACAAAAGAUGGUUCACUGCUAGCUACAGGAGAUGAUUUUGGUUUUGUGAAGCUUUUCUCAUAUCCAGUAAAGGGGCAACGUGCAAAGUUCAAGAAGUAUGUGGGUCAUAGUGCCCAUGUAACCAAUGUUCGAUGGUUACAUAAUGAUUCUGUGCUACUGACUGUAGGUGGUGCUGAUACUGCUUUGAUGAUCUGGACCAGAGAGUUUGUGAGCAUCCAAGAGAGUAAACUGGUUGACAGUGAGGAAUCAGAUACAGAUGUGGAAGAAGAUGGAGGUUAUGACAGUGAUGUUGCAAGAGAAAAGGCUAUUGAUUAUACAACAAAGAUCUAUGCAGUAAGCAUCCGAGAAAUGGAAGGCACAAAACCACACCAGCAGCUGAAGGAGGUUUCAGUUGAGGAAAGGCAGGGAAUUGUCAAGGGAUCAAGGCCACCAGUUAGCAGAGCUGCUCCUCAGCCUGAGAAACUGCAAAAAAAUGAUAACAAAAAAAAGAAACUGGUUGAGGAGUUGGCUUUAGAGCAUGUUUUUGGAUACAGAGGAUUUGACUGUCGCAACAACCUUCAUUACCUCAAUGACGGUGCUGAUAUUAUUUUUCACACAGCUGCAGCAGGCAUAGUUCAAAAUCUUUCAACGGGAAGUCAGAGUUUCUAUCUGGAGCAUACUGAUGAUAUUCUCUGCCUAACUGUGAACCAGCACCCAAAAUAUAAAAAUGUUGUGGCUACCAGUCAGAUUGGUACAACUCCUUCUAUUCAUGUAUGGGAUGCUAUGAAUAAGCAGACUCUUUCUAUGCUGCGCUGCUUCCAUGCCAAAGGGGUCAAUUAUAUUAACUUCAGUGCUACUGGCAAACUUCUUGUGUCAGUAGGAGUCGAUCCGGAACAUUCUAUCACUGUGUGGAGGUGGCAAGAAGGGGCUAAAGUGGCUAGCAAAGGAGGACACCUGGAGAGAAUAUUUGUUGUAGAGUUCCGCCCGGAUUCAGACACUCAGUUUGUGUCUGUUGGAGUAAAACACAUGAAGUUCUGGACACUAGCUGGCAGUGCUUUGCUCUAUAAAAAAGGAGUCAUUGGGUCCAGGGAAGAUGCCAAAAUGCAAACUAUGCUUUCUGUUGCCUUUGGAGCUAAUAAUCUUACGUUUACUGGUGCCAUAAAUGGAGAUGUCUACGUAUGGAAGGAUCACUUUCUGGUUAGACUGGUGGCAAAAGCUCAUACAGGACCAGUGUUCACAAUGUACACAACUCUUCGAGAUGGAUUAAUUGUAACUGGAGGGAAGGAAAGACCGACAAAAGAAGGAGGUGCUGUAAAAUUGUGGGACCAGGAGAUGAAGCGCUGCCGAGCUUUUCAGCUUGAGACAGGACAGCUCAUUGAGUGUGUGCGCUCGGUUUGUAGAGGAAAAGGCAAAAUUUUAGUAGGAACUAAAGAUGGAGAAAUACUUGAAGUAGGAGAAAAAAAUGCUGCUUCAAACCUGCUUAUUGAUAGUCACAUGGAAGGGGAGAUUUGGGGCUUAGCAGCUCACCCCACGAAAGACAUAUUUAUCACUGCAAGUAAUGAUGGAACAGCAAGAAUCUGGGACCUCUGUGACAAAAAAAUGCUGAAUAAAGUGAAUUUAGGCCAUGCUGCAAGAUGUGCUGCAUACAGUCCUGAUGGUGAGAUGGUAGCUAUUGGCAUGAAGAAUGGAGAAUUUGUCAUCUUACUUGUAAACAGUCUUAAAGUUUGGGGCAAAAAACGAGACCGGAAAUCAGCUAUUCAGGAUAUCAGAAUCAGCCCUGAUAAUAGAUUUUUGGCUGUUGGCUCACAAGAACAUACUGUUGAUUUUUAUGACCUCACCCAAGGCACAACCUUAAACCGGAUAGGCUACUGCACAGAUAUUCCAAGUUUUGUCAUUCAGAUGGAUUUUUCAGCAGACAGCAGAUUUAUUCAGGUAUCAACUGGUGCCUAUAAACGUCAGGUUCAUGAGGUGCCAUUGGGAAAGCAAGUGGUAGAUGCAACGCUAAUAGAAAAGAUCACAUGGGCCUCAUGGACAAGCAUUCUUGGAGAUGAAGUCAUUGGGAUUUGGCCAAGAAAUGCUGAUAAAGCAGAUGUCAACUGUGCGUGUGUGACCCAUGCUGGAUUAAAUAUAGUGACAGGAGAUGAUUUCGGGCUCGUGAAACUUUUUGACUUUCCAUGCACAGAAAAAUUUGCCAAACACAAGCGUUAUUUUGGUCAUUCUGCUCACGUUACCAACAUACGCUUUUCUCAUGAUGACAAGUAUGUUAUAAGUACAGGAGGCGAUGAUUGCAGUGUAUUUGUGUGGAGGUGUCUUUGAAGAGGAAUUUCCUUGCUUCUGGUGCUGCAACUAACAUGGGACUACAGGAGUGAAGACACACACCAAUCCACAAUGCGUUGGCUGCUCUAAUUUCAUAACAAAAAUGCUGCAUGGAUUUCACACUUUUGGAAUCUGUGUGUGAUAAUAUUAGGCAUGUCUACACUAGGAAAUUAUUUUGAAAUAACUAAAUUUGAAAUAACUCCUGAAAUAACUAUUUUGAAAUAAGCUUAUUCCCCAAGGAAAUCAGGAGUAAAGAUUUCAAAAUAACCAGCCUGUUAUGUCUAAACAACAGGUGUCGUAGAGUGGACACUCUGCUUAUUAUUUCAAAAUAAGGGGGGUUAUUUUGAAAUAGCUCCCUAGUGUAAACCAGGGCAUUAAGUGCUACUCUGAUAUUAUAUUUGAAAGACUGUGAUGCCCUUGUGAUAAAAGCUGACAUUUUAAAGGCUGUUCUUAGGCCUCAGCAAUGAACAGUUCAAUCAAACUGCUUUUGCUACAUAUUUGUAAUUAUUCCAAGCAGUUACAACUGUAGCCCAUAAAAAACACUUUUGGGCCUCACUAAUACUAAAAAGUAAUGCAGCUUUUAAUUUGUGGAUCUUUAAAAUAAUUUCUUUACAGCUUCCUUCAGGAAUGUUCCCAUUUUAACAACUGUUACAACUCUUGUUUGGAAUUUUAUGCAUUGUGAGUAAAGCUUUGCAUUUUUUUAAAUGACCGCAGGGGGUUUCACAUUCACUUUCAAUAACCAAAAGAAUCAAAUAACACACUUUUAAAGUUCACUUUUUUUUUAAAAAAAGAACACAUUUAAUUUACAAAGUUUUCUAUCCAUGAAGUGCCUUUGAAAGAGUUUGCCAAUAGGCCUCCCACCACUGUCAGCUUUCUGCAUAUGGUGCUAUAACUUGCAUCCUAGAGGGCUUAACACAAACACCUUUUCCAGAUCUGACAUGGUCACCCAUUUUCUGCUCUUACUAUUCUUAAUACUGUCACAGCAGAAUUCUAAAAUGUUUCCUUCAGAGAGAACAUAUAUACCAUUAUACAAGCAAUUAUCUGAACCUCCUCUUUGUCAAUGACAUGAGCAAUCUAUUACGGGGCAGAAAGUAGCUGGCUCAAGAAGACAGAAGGUCAAGGCCAGGAUUUAAGCUUGGCCCUGAGGAAUAACAUGUAUGCAGAGUACUUUUUGCAGGAUAGGGGAAAGAAAAUUUAGAACUCUUGAUCUUUUCAUGGUCUUUUCAUGUUCUUCCCUCUUUUGGGGUCCGUGCUUUAUAUUUGACUACUAGUAAAGCUAGUAAAAGUGCUUUGGACUUUUCAAAGAAGCAUCAUUUCCAUCUUUUCUCAGGAAGAGCUUCUUGGAGAUGUGCCAAUUGUACAUAAUGAAUGACAGAUCAACCAGUAAGAAAACAUUGCACAACCUUAGGUUAAUCUGGCAACCAUUCAUGCUGUUUAGAAACAUGUAUGUGAGAUUAACAAAAAAUAAAUAAAACCAGUUGAAAAUUUACUAAUGGAAUGUUUGUGUCAUACAAUGCCAUUUUGUCAAAAUUUAAUCUUUCCACAGAUAUUGUCUAUUUCAGUGAAAUUUUGUUUUAAAAACCUCUGGACUUGCAUACAGAGUGUAAAUGCUCUAUUUUGAGUUUCAAUUUCAAAACAACUUUUCAUUUAGGUGUGUGUAUGUGUCUAAUGUAAACAAAUGAAAUGUUUUAAUUGACCAAACAUUUUUCCCCAAACCAUUUGAUGGGACUAGGAUGUGUGUGGGUGCAUGUGGUAAUAGGAAAUCUCGUUUUUGUUCUAAAGCAAAACAAAUUUCCUGAAAAAUAAAAAUUCUAGUUCUUGCAGAUCUCUAAUGAGAAGUUUGCUAAUAAUUAUAAAAAUGAUAGAAAAGAGGGAAGGCAAGCAUUAUCAAAAUGUAAUAAUUAUAUAUUUAACACAAAAGUGCUUGAGGAAACUUAGUGAUUUUUUUAAAUAAAAAGGAACUAUUGCCUUACAGUACUCUACAAAAAAAUCAGUUUGUCAGACACAAAAAGGAGACCCUAUGCAGUCUUAAUUUUUGUUAAAAAAAAAUUGUUUUAAGAUAGCACUUUUUUGCCUAUGUUGUAAUGUUGGCCUUUCAUGUUGAUUGUAUCCUGAAUAAAAAUAAUUGUGUGAUGGAAUGAAUUGCUAAAUGGUGAUUUGUGAAAAAUAUCUAAAAGCAAUAGUGUCUGUCAGGAAAACAUUUAAAUAAAACAAUUUGUAUACAUAUGUGUGGUUUGGUUUAUAUAUUAUAUGCUCAGAAGUAAUGCUGCAUUAUACUGUAUAUGAAAAUACUGAUGCAUGAAUUCAUUUUUCAAUGGCCAAAGGAUUAUUUGAAAACCUGUGUGUCAAAUUAAUGUGGUUAUACAUUUUCACUGAUCUUAUUUUUACAAUCAAAUUAGAAGACUCAACAAGUUAUCCUGAAAAAUUGUUAGGACUCACUUUGUAUCCCCCUCAAUUUUCAAAAUUGUGAAGUACAUCAUACAGAUGCUCAACUAGGAAAAAAUUCCUAACUGUCAGGGUGGUCAAAUAUUGGAA